AAAAAUCUUAUAACGGAGGCAUAUCCGAUUUAUUUGGUGUACGGAGGGGCAUUUCGGAUUAAUGUCCUUGUGGGAACCAACUUCACUAAACAACUUCCGAUCUACGAGUUUUUUCUAAUAAUUUCAUCUCUUCUCCAAACGUUCUCUGUCAAUCGUCGAGCGCCGCCGAUUUCGCCGUUGACUUAUACCAGUGACGCCGCCGCCCAUUUCCGCUCGCCGUUAACUCUUCGGCGGAGAAGACAAUGGUGACGACGGAAGUUACAGAGACGGAGCGAUGGUGCGUUGUUACCGGCGGUAGAGGAUUCGCUGCAAGGCAUCUUGUGGAGAUGCUCGUACGCUACGAGAUGUUCCACGUUCGCAUCGCCGAUUUAGUUCCGGCGAUACAGCUCGAGCCUCACGAGGAGACGGGAAUCCUCGGCGAAGCAAUGAGAUCCGGUCGAGUUCUCUACGUCUCCGCUGAUCUCCGGAAUAAAUCUCAAGUUGUCAAAGCUUUUCAAGGAGCAGAAGUGGUCUUUCACAUGGCAGCUCCAGAUUCAUCAAUCAACAGUUAUCAGCUCCAGUACUCAGUUAAUGUUCAAGGGACAACAAAUGUAAUUGAUGCUUGUGUUGAGGUUGGAGUAAAGAGGCUCAUCUACACAAGCUCUCCGAGUGUGGUGUUCGACGGAGUCCACGGUAUCUUAAACGCAGAUGAAACAAUGCCGUAUCCAUCAAAGCACAAUGACUCGUAUUCGGCAACUAAAGCUGAAGGGGAAGCUUUGAUCAUGAAGGCGAAUGGAAGAAAUGGGCUACUCACUUGUUGCAUACGUCCUAGCAGCAUAUUUGGUCCUGGUGAUAGGUUACUGGUUCCAUCGCUUGUCGCGGCUGCUAGGGCUGGGAAAUCGAAGUUUAUUAUAGGUGAUGGGAGUAACCUCUAUGAUUUCACUUAUGUUGAAAACGUUGUGCAUGCCCAUGUCUGUGCUGAGCGAGCUCUAGCAUCGGGAGGAGAAGUUUGUGCAAAAGCUGCAGGCCAGGCAUACUUUAUUACCAACAUGGAGCCAAUUAAAUUUUGGGAGUUUAUGUCACAGCUUCUUGAAGGACUUGGCUACGAGAGGCCGAGCAUAAAGAUACCCGCAACUAUCAUGAUGCCAAUAGCACAUCUUGUGGAACUUACAUAUAAAUUAUUGGGACCAUAUGGGAUGAAAGUACCUCAGCUAACACCUUCUAGAGUUAGGCUGCUCUCUUGCAGCAGAACUUUUAAUUCAUCAAAAGCAAAGAAUCUUUUAGGUUAUGCUCCCGUUGUGCCACUUCAGGAAGGUAUAAAGAGGACAAUAGACUCGUUCUCACACUUGAGGGCUCAAAACCAACCCAAAAAAGAAGUUACUGAUACGCGUCUAUGGAAAAAGCAGACUCUGAUUGCAAUAGUCAUUCUGAUUACUCUCUAUCUUAACUUUGUUGCAACGACCGAAUAUUCUGUCGGUAUAACUGCGAUUUUGGUAGUGUCAGUUAUUUUGUUCUUCCGUGGUAUUCUAUCAGAGAAAAUGAAAUUGUUCGGAGGCAAGAAGAGUGACUAAGGAAGACUCUACAUCUCAAAACAAACCCUCACUCUCAGACUAUGAUGCAUAUUUUGGGCUUUUUUUAAUCUUUUAAUCAGGUAAAGGCUUUUAAACCUGAUUCCUUUGUGUACAUGGAUGUUGUUGAUUGGUUUUAGUUUCCUUUUGUUACUUCAACUCUGUACCAUUCAAUUUCGGCUGCUGUAAUAACAAAUUUUUCGUUUGACAUAGGAUAAAAUAUAAUCUAAAACUUAUUACUAUUUAAUACAGUUACGAUUUACAUUGUAAGUAUUACUAAUGUAAUUUCUCUGUUUCAUUAUAAA